AUGUUGAGUGAAAGAAAGGGCCCGCUUUCGCAUGGAAAUACCAUGGCAAGUGCUUCCCGAGCUGGAGUGUCUUUUCGACCUCUUCCGGAUCUCGGUCCCACGUCAUCAGCAGUACCAUUGGCUUCACAUGAAACUGAUGAAUCACAAUUCAAAUGCCCUUCAGCCAAUCAAUUUGCCAUAGACUUAAUUCCGUCUACUUCUCAGAUCAAGACUUCUGGUGGGCACAGACUACUACUCACUUUUGCUACUUUUGACACUCUAAAUUGCAGCCGCGUGUUGUUUAACCCAAAUCGGGAUAAUGCUGAGCAAGCGAUGUAG